CCAAGUGACAUCACUUGGGUUAAUUGAUAAAUUUCUGCCAUUUCAAACUGCUUUCUUUAUACCCUUGUUUUAAUAAUUGCAUUAACAGCUGCCCCCUAUCAUUAUAUAAUGUGACCGACAAUUAAGCACACAAAAAUGGCCUGGGACUUUAAAUUCAUAUUCCAGUGACUACUCUAAGUUAUGAGUAUUUUUCUCUGUGUGACAUAGGUAAUAUAUAAGGCACCUCCCACCAUCUGUCAGUCUUGAUGCCAUCCAGCAGGAGCCUGAGCUCUGUCCGUGGAUAGUGCAUGGCUUCAUCCAUCCCAUUGAGCAGGUUAACUCUCUCAUGCUUUUGGUGGUGGAGCUGCUGCAGCUGCUGAGAAUGUGCUCUGCUGCUCCACAGGACAGAAGGGAAGCUUCAUCAACAGCACACAGGUUUCCGACAUGGCACGCUAAGCGCACGAUUUCCACACAAGAGUGCUGUCACCAAGCUGUUUGUCAUCCCUGCAUCAUGGACGCUCAGUCUGGUGCAUCAUGGGAGCUCAUCAACAGACUGACAGAUACAAUAUAUAAGGGCUGACAGGUCGUCAUGGAGACGGACACCACCACAGGUCCAGCCACCACAGGGUGGGUAGGGUCAUCGGCCGGCCUGGAGGGAAUGGGAGGAGAGGGCUUGUCCAUCAGUCCUGCGUCCUGGUACAUGCCGUACUCGCUUGGCUUCCAGGUGUCACUCACCGCCUUCCUCAUGCUGGAGCUGGUAUUGGGUUUCAGCAGCAACCUGACUGUGCUGGUGCUCUACUGCUCUCAAUCUAACUUAGUGGACUCUGUGAGCAACAUGGUGACUGUGAAUCUGCACGUGCUGGAUGUGGUAGUGUGUGUGCUGUGUCUGCCCCUCACUCUGGUGGUUGUGCUGCUGCCUCCAGGACCAAACCUGGCCCUGCUCUGCUGCUUCCACGAGGCCUGCGUCACCUUCGCCAGCAUAGCCACAGCCAUCAACAUCCUGGUAAUCAGCUUGGACCGAUAUGACAUCUCAGUACGACCCGCGAACAGGUUGCUGACCACACGUAGAGCAACGCUGCUCCUGGCUGCUGUUUGGGUCACCUCUGUGGCUGUGUUUUUUAUCCCAUUCUUGGAGAUGCAAUGGUCCACCGGAGACAGAGCAGAGGAGAGAGGGCAGGAGACACCUAUGUCGUUUUCCUCUUAUGGUGUCAAUGGCAUGGUGGUGCCAGCGUGGCGUAACCAGACUCUGCUGUGUGUUGGCGGGCAGGGCUAUCACACAGACCUGGGCAUGUAUUACCAUCUCCUUCUGCAGGUACCCAUCUUCUUUACCACAGUGGCGGUCAUGUUGUUUACCUACUCCAAAAUACUGAGGGCUUUAAACAUCCGCAUUGGCUCCCAGAUGAAGAAGAACCAGCGGCCCAAGGGCCCCUCCUGCAGAGAGCACCGAAAGAAACAAAAGAAAAAGAAGGAAGGGCUCAGAAUGAAUGACGGCGAGGAUAAAGGAGGGGAGCAGUGCACCAUGGAUGCUACCAAACAGCUCAGCCAUCCCCCACUCAUACAUUCACCUUCCCCAACCCCCACAGCCACCUCCCCUCCUGCCCUGUCCUCCACUGCCCCGCUGGUGACCUCAGACUCAGGUGCUGCGACUCCUAUGCCUGCCACCAUGGGUGUCCAGGCCUCUGUGUCAGCCAUCAUUGCCCUGAGGCGGGCAGUGAGGCGACACAGGGAUCGCAGAGAGCGGCAGAGGCGGGUGUUCAGGAUGUCCCUCAUCAUCAUCACCACCUUCCUGGGUUGUUGGGCUCCCCUCUCUGUGACAAAUGUACUAAUCCUGGGCUUGGGCCCCAGUGACACCCUGGUCAGCGUACGCCUCUGGUUCCUUGCCUUGGCCUACGGCACCACCGUGUCCCACCCUUUGCUCUAUGCCUUCACCCGACAGAAGCUGCGGCGUGUCCUUCGUUCAAAGGUUAAAAAGAGGGUGGUGUCCCUGCUUCAGGUGGAUCCGUCUCCAGGGGGCACGGUCAUACACAACUCCUGGGUGGAGAACAGAAAAACCAGCCGGCAGGUGCGGCUAGAAGCAAGCGAAGGAACUGACCGCUGCCUGGCAGAGGUCCUGUGAGACGGACACACAUGGGCAUAGACUGUAUAAUUAAAACCAGAAAUGAGUCACUGGUGUGUUCUUUUAUGAAACUCACUAGUGCAUGA